AUGUCCGAGUACAAGAAGGCGCAAGCCCGCGUGCGGGAUCUUGUUGAGAAGCGCAGGCUUCUUGAGAGGCGCUUGACGCAGGUUGAAGACGGCAUCGCUCAGAAGGAGACUGCCUACCUCGACAGCACACCGAGCGGCAACAUCAUCACGGGCUUCGACAACUACAUGAAGGGAACCAGUGGCGCGGCAGCACAGCGACGCAAGGCUGGAACUAUGGAGCAGAACCGAGUGUUUUCAAGAUCAUCCAUCUCGUACCGACCGAACAACCUGGAAGGCAUCGCUCCUGGAUCAGGAGGUUCAACGCCAGCUUCAGGCGUGACACCCUCGUCAGCCGCGUUCCGAGACGGAGCCUCGAACCACCCGACGCCGACAUCGGCAACUGCUGGUAAGAACGCGAACAAGUCGAAGAAGAAGACGGUGGACCACGAGGAUAGCGAGAACGACACGGCAGCGAGCAAGAAGCGAACAAACUUUGGAGCCCAACGGAGGUAA